CAUUCGCUGGAAGGCAGAGUCGGGGAUACCGCGCCUGUCUGCCGGCUGCUCGGUUCCUAUAGACACAGUCCGCUCACCUCCACUUCUUUAUAACCAAUCUAGUGCUAACGAUAAACCACUAAAAUAUAAUUCAAAAUGUGAACUCAUGAAAAGGGAAAGAGUUAUCAUUGGAUAAAUUAUUCUGAAGUUCGAAGUUUGUUAAUUUUGUGACCAAAAGUUGGAUAUCAUGAUAACAACCAUGACGUCAUUCAUAUUGUUGAAGACAAACUCUUUUUUGUUGAGGAUGAAUAGAGAGGAUAACGUGAACUGGUUCCAUGGAAAAAUAUCACGAGAAACUGCAGAAAAAUUGCUAAAAGAAGAGGGCGAGGAUGGUGUUUUCUUGGUACGUGAAAGUAAUACUUCUCCAGGAGACUAUGUGCUAUCUGUAUUACACCAGGGAGAGGUAGUGCAUUAUCAGAUUCGGAGGCAUGGUGAGGAUGCUUUCUUUUCAAUAGAAGAGCAUACAACUGUACAUGGACUUGACACACUUAUCCAACAUUACCGAGGAGACUCCAAUGGCUUGGUCACUCGGCUUUCUGUUGUCUGCAAAGGGCAGCCACCGCCUCACGAAUCUCGUACACAGGGGAAUACCAACCUCUUACAUAGGGCGACAGAAGCGGGUGACUACACAGUGGUGUCACAACUGCUAGCGUGCGGGUACCACAGCCGUGACGCCAAGAACAAAGAUGGCCAGACCGCAGUGCACAUAGCGGCUAAAGCCGGCCGCGAUAAGAUCCUCGCAAAACUCAUAGAAAGCGGCGCCACCGUCAACGUCAGAGACUCUUUUGGAUACACACCAUUGCAUUACACUUGCCAAAACAACCUGCCGAGCACAGCAGAGUUGCUGAUCACGAAGGGGCACGCGAACUACCAAAUGCGGCACGCGGUCAGCGGCAAGGUGCCCAUGCACGACGCAGCACAGAGGGGACACAUUGAAUGUAUUCAGGUGUUGUUGAAACUGAAAGCGCCGGCGCAUCCGAGAACGAUUGCACAAGACACGCCAGCGCAAUUAGCUAAACACCAUGGACAUACGGAAUGCUAUGAACUACUCAAAAAUUUCCAACCGGAGCCGCCCAAGACGUCAAAAAGCCAGUGGUACCACGGCACAUUGAACCGGGACGAAGCCGUGAAACUCCUAGAGGAUUACUGCAAGAUCCACAAUUUGAAGGAUAAGACUUCAGAUGGGGUGUUCCUGGUGCGCUACAGCGAGCGACACACCGGCGCCUACGUUCUCACCAUGCUGUGUGAGAACACUUCCUACAACUACAUCAUUAGGAAAGACAACAACGGGCUGUUCAUAGACGACGGCCCGUACCUGGAGUCGCUGGAGCGGCUCGUGGAGCACUACUCGCUGGUGCCCGACGGGCUGCCCGCGCGCCUCGCGGCGUCCGUGCCCCCGCAACCCAAGCCGCCACUUCCAGAGUUCUCCACAAUGCCACGCACAAAGAAACCAUCGCCGAGCCGCGCCGCCAUGAACCAGACGCUAUCCCUAGUCAAGCACGACAUCUUAGACAAGAUGUCACAACCCACUCCCAACAACAACACGUUCGAAAUGUUAACUAGAAACCUUUCCUUUUCGUCGGAUUUCGCGAACGAUAGUCUAAAUAAUAAUGAAUGCCAAGACGAUGACACGUACAAAGUGCCAGCCAAUAACACGGCGGUCGUCACGCUAGCUGAAAAUUACAACGAGAUUUCUAUCAAUUCUGAUGGACAAUUAUCUACUUUACAAGAAUUUAUCCCAAUGACCGAGUUAACGCUCGGCGCGGUGUUAGGCGAAGGGGAGUUCGGUUCGGUUCUCCGCGCCACACACACAGCCCCCGGACAGCCGCCCGUACAAGUGGCCGUGAAGACGUUACACAUGCAGCACACUGACACCAACAAGGAGGAGUUCCUGGCUGAGGCCAAACUGAUGAUGGCGUUGAGGCACCGCUGCAUAGUGCGGCUCAUUGGUGUCUCUCUGGGUCCUCCUUUAGCAAUGGUACAAGAGCUCGUGCCUCUAGGGUCCCUACUGGAAUAUUUAGUGAGGAACCCGGACAAGAUAUCGGUGGGGUAUGAGCUGCGGCUGUGGGCGUGCCAGGUGGCAUGCGGCAUGCGGUAUCUGGAGAGGAGGAGAUUCGUGCACAGGGACCUGGCUGCCAGGAACAUACUGCUGGCUACCAGGCAUCAAGUGAAAAUCAGUGACUUCGGUUUGUCCCGCGCGCUGUCGGCGGACAGCUCGUACUACAAGGCGCGGCGCGGCGGCAAGUGGCCCAUCAAGUGGUACGCGCCGGAGUCCUACAACUACGGCACCUUCAGCCACGCCUCCGACGUCUGGAGCUACGGCGUCACGCUGUGGGAGAUGUUCUCCUUCGGCCGCCAGCCCUACGGCGACAUGAGGGGCAUUGAGGCAAUACAACUAGUAGAAAGCGGGAAGCGUCUAGAAAGGCCAUCGGAAUGUCCGGAGGAGAUCUACCAAGUGAUGCUGGACUGCUGGGCCUACUGCCCCGACCAGCGGCCCAGCUUCCGGCAGCUGGUGGACGUGUUCUCGCGCCACCCGGACUACGUCAACAUCAGCCAGCUGGCCAUGGGGAACGACGACGAUGACGUCAUUGUCUAAAAUGAGAAUCCCGCCCGUUUGCACCGACGCAACUUCCACAGCUUUCCUUACCAGUCUCUUGAGAAACUUCACUAAAAGUUAGUUUCUAUGGGAUAGAAACAAUAUCACCUGAUAGAAAAUAGAAGUUGCUUCGAUCCUAUAGAAAGCAAUAAAUUAAAAAUGCCUAUCGAUCAGUUUUGAAUAACAUUUCAAAAUUGUGAUAUCAUGUUAAAUUAAAUAGACAGCAGCGCCCUUACUGGACGUCAUUGUGAGUGAGUAUUGACACUUGAUUAUUUCUUUAAAUUUUUCUUACAUUCGUUUGUUCUGUUACUUGCCAUUUAACUAUCUUUUUCUAUUCAUACUUUCUCUGACGAAUGGUGACGUCUGAUUAAAUAUGCUGCUUGAUACCGGCAAUUAAUAUAGUGUUGAGAGAAAAGUGGAUAUCGAUGAUUUGGACUCUGAUGUUUACCAAACGUUAGUUUAGUAUUAUUCAUUUUGUAAAUUUUGUCGAACUAUCAAUAAUUUAGUUAAUAGUAUAAAUCGUCAGUUCCGCAAACUCUCAAGCGAUCAACAACGAAGACAUUAUGUAAGUGUAAAUAAACUUGACAAUGAUUUGCACAAGUUUUUUAAAUCAGCAAUGUCACUCAGUAAUUAUAAUAUUACUAAGUCAUAGCUAAAGACUAGUGUUUGUGAAAUUCAAAUUAGUAUAAUUUUAUUGAUGAAGGACUUAUAUUAUACAUUAGGAAGAUAUUUACAAAGUUUUAUAUUCUAGGCUUCAUUUCUUGAAAAUCUAGUAAUCCGACUAGAUUAACUAGAUAGAUUUUGCAUUUUAUUUCACAAAAACUAUGUACAAAUCAUAAAUACAUUAUUUGUAGAUAUGGAAAUGUUUAAGACAUAUAAUAAUACGCGUAUUGUCCGUUCUUUCCGUAUUUUAUUCUACAUAUAGUAGAUUAUUUACAGAAAUUAAGCUGUUACUAGUAACCGCCUAAAACAAAAGGAAUUGAAUAUAUUGGAGUAAGAAAAAUAUAAUUUCGUUUUAAAAAAUAUAAUGAAAUCUAUAAUGUAAUAAUUUACAAAUAAGAUUUAGCCUAAAAAUUGGUUUUGAAGUAAUCUUAUAGAUUUAUAGGCAGCUAGCGUUUGGAACUCUUAUAUAUUAUAUUGUGGGUAGAUCUUCGGAAACUGUGUAAUGUGAAUGCCUAUUUGUACUGCCGUCUAUGACAGACGUGCAAAUAUUUUACAUACGAGCUUUAUAAGUAGUAUUUGAUAAGGAAAGUAUAUUUGCCAGACGUGCCUACUUUAUUCAACUAUAUGAACAUAAUUGUAAAUAAUGUUGUUUUUAUGUUUUUGUUAAAAUAUUGGGAAAAAUACUAAAAUUUUCAUAUGUAACUAUUUUACUUCUAAUUUACGACGAUUAUUUUAUUUUUCUACAUGUGUUUUGCAAAAUUUGGAAUGAAAAAUAUUCUGUACAUUCCAUUUUAAAUAGUAGAAAUAUAAGACGAUUUCCUAUUACACUAAAGUAGCCAAAUUCGACACAUUUCAUCCAUCGCGGAUUCCGAUGUUUUUACAUCAGCGAAAAUUCCUGCACACAAAUAGGUAGUAAUAAAAAUAAAUUUAGAUCUGUUUCCCAUAGAAAAAUUCAAAGGUGCCACUGGACUGGGCUCACCCAUUUCUGGGUAACCUAUUAAAAAUGUGUAAUAUUCCUAACAAUGUAAAUAUUCAGAUGUAUUUUAUGUUAUUUUUAUUUAUGUAUUUUAUGUUGAUAGUAAUCAAAGCUUUUAUUUUUUAGGAGAAAUUAAUGUGAAGUUUUAAGUCAAUGCUUUUUGUAAUUAAAUGUCGAAAUGCCAUUUAUAUGCCAUAGUAGAGGAUUUUCAUAUCAAACCGUAAUGAUUGCCAUGAGGUUGUGUUAUAUAAUGUACAAAAAGCUAUAUAGUUACCCGAUUUAUAUGUUUAUUAUUUAGAGAAUUUAUAUUAAAUUCUGUAUGAGUCUGAUUUAGCUUAUAUGUUUUAUAAUGUGACAGAUCUUAUUUUUAAUUAAGAAAAUGUGAUAAAUGGUAUUUAUAAAUAAAUAACAAAUUACGUUGAAGAA